UGGCUGGCUGCUCAGGGCCAGCCUACUUCACACUUGGUCUCUGUCUGAAGCAGAGACGAAGGCUUCUGCUCCUCUGCUUCCCUCUCCCUGCCCGUUCCUCUGUUCAGGUUCUUGCUCAGAAUCAGUGUGCUCAGCACACGAGCUCCACUACAGAAGUGGAAGCCAUGGCUGUAAAGAUAUUAUUCCUCCUUGUCUCACUCUGUUGCACAUGGAACUCUCUCCUCGCACAGAACGGUGCACAUUUUUCAGAUUGCCCUGUCGAUCUAUACUUUGUGUUGGACACAUCCGAAAGUGUCGCUUUAAGAAGGCAGCCCUAUAAAGACCUUGUAGAACUUGCGAAGAGCUUCACUAUACGUUUCGUCGAGAGAUUGAACAACUGGUACUAUCAGUGUGACCAGACACUGGAAUGGAAUUCCGGUGCACUUCACUACAGUGACGAGGUGAGGAAGAUAUACACCCUCAAUCGUAUGAACCAGAGAGGAAAGGAGGACAUGAUCAACAGCAUCCGGCUGGUGGAAUACAUCGGCAAAGGCACCCAUACAGACUGCGCCAUUCGUAAGGGAACAGAAGAACUUCUAUUGGGUGGCUCUCAUCACCGAGAGAACAAGUACAUGAUCGUAGUAACAGACGGACAUCCAAUCGAAGGGUACAAGGAACCAUGCGGAGGAUUGGAGAGUGCUGCUACCGAUGCAAAGAACCAGGGCAUAAAGAUCUUUGCUGUCGCUAUAUCUCCAGAUGAGCAAGCAACAAGGUUGAAGCAUAUUGCCUCUGACAGAUAUCGUCAGAAUUACACAGCAACUAGUCUCAAAGAUUCUGAUGUGAAUGACACAAUCAACGACAUUCUUCAAACAAUUUACAGUGAAGUGGAGCCUGUGUGUUGCUCCUUUGAGUGUCAGCCACUGACAGGAUCAGUUGGAAUUCCUGGUAACCUAGGAGAACGGGGUUCGGAUGGACGACGGGGUCCCCACGGCUCAAUGGGACCACCAGGUUCUCCAGGCAUGAUUGGUGAAGUUGGACCAGCUGGUCAUCCGGGUAUGAAGGGUGACAAGGGACAUCGUGGCAUUAAGGGUGACAGAGGAUUCAAAGGAGGCAAGGGAUCAAAGGGGUAUCCUGGAAAAGAUGGAUUGGAUGGAGAUAAGGGUGAAGCUGGAUAUGACGGCCUUCCAGGUUGCAUUGGGUCUCCUGGACAUCCUGGCGGACCUGGACCUCAAGGCCUCAAAGGAGAUAUAGGUCCAUUUGGACAAAAGGGAUUAAAGGGCAAGCCCGGCUUAGACGGAGAAUCAGGACGAAGUGGACCGGUGGGGGAAACAGGAGAUAAGGGCCGCCCUGGCAGUCAAGGAAGUGCCGGAGAUGCUGGAGAAAGAGGUGAUGACGGACCUCCAGGAAAUGAUGGAAACAAUGGUGAUGGGGGUCCUCUCGGUGAGCCAGGAUUACCCGGACCUCCGGGUACAAGAGGAUUCAAGGGAUCCAAGGGAGAAGUUGGGCCCGAUGGUCAACCAGGACACGAGGGUCCUCCUGGAGAGAGUGGAGGGCCGGGAGAGUCUGGCCGUCCUGGACCCAGGGGAUUCAAAGGAGACAUGGGACCUCCAGGACAAGAGGGGAUCAAAGGACCAAGUGGGCCACAGGGAUACCCUGGCGAUGCAGGCCCAAUGGGUGAAAUGGGAGAACAUGGAAGCCCAGGAAAUGGAACCAGGGGCCCACCCGGAUUCCCCGGAAUUCCAGGGCCGCAAGGAUUGCGUGGAUCCAAUGGAACAGAAGGCUUCCCUGGUCCCAAAGGCGAUGAUGGUGAACCAGGAGACCCAGGGUCUGAUAAUCCUAUUUCAGGAGAAAAAGGUCGCAAAGGGGCCAAGGGUUACAGAGGAUCCGAGGGCAAAGAGGGAUCCCCAGGUCCCCCAGGACCACCAGGACCCUCUGAAUGCGAAAUAUUGGAUAUUGUUAAGCGUAUGUGCUCUUGCUGUGAAUGUAAGUGUGGGCCCAUUGAUCUCCUGUUUGUGGUGGACAGCUCGGAAAGUAUCGGUGAUGAAAACUUCAAGCUGUCCAAGCAGUUUAUACUCACUGUGAUUGAAAGACUGAGCAGAGAUGAAAAGAUCAAGUUCGAUGGCAAAGAAUCCAAUAUUGGAGUUGUGCAGUAUAGUCACGCUGGAACAGAAGAACUGGUCUCGAUGAAGGAUACCAACAUAAACUCACUGGCUGAGUUGAAACUCGCAAUUAAAAACCUCAAGUGGAUUGCGGGAGGAACAUUCACCGGUUCGGCACUGGACUGGUCGAAGAAUGCCUUCAAAGGAUCACUUGCCCGAGCACAAGUGGUUCUGGUGCUAACAGAUGGACACACAGAUAGUCAGAGAGAUUUGAAACCAUUGACAUCACUUUGCAAUGUGGCCAACGUGGUCUCAGUCGGCGUGAGCGACAUCUUCCGCAGCAAACCAGGCUCGGAGAACCUGGACCUGAUCUCCUGCCACAAUUCCCGGAAUCCUGGCCUGAGUCUGCAGCGCAGCACAUUCACGGCUCUGCUGGAGAAUACAUUCCUUGAAAACGUCACUGCUUUCAUCUGCAAAGACAAGAAGUGCCCAGACUAUUCCUGCCCCAUUCAAUUCAACGCCUCAACCGACAUCACCUUCCUGAUUGACAGUUCCACCAGUGUUGGGAGCAAAAACUUUGAAACCACCAAGUCUUUUACCAAGCGACUGGCAGAGCGCUUCCUCGGCGCCAAGGUUAGACCUAAUGUUGCAGUGCGGGUCUCGGUGGUUCAGUACAGUAAAAGAUAUGUGACUGUGGCCCAGUUCUCCAACAACUACACGGAAGUAUCUGGGAGCAUAGAAAAGAUGGAGUUUAUGAAUGACGCCACUGACGUGGGUUCUGCUCUGAAACACGUAAUUGAUGUCCACGUGGGAAACCGCAACAACGCCAAGAGAAAAGUCCUUUUGUUCACGGACGGCCGAUCCCAAGGGGACCUGGUGCAUACCAUAGAGCGGCAGGCACAAUCAGCAAAAUCAAACAAGAUUGCCGUGUACGCCAUUGCUGUGGGUGACCAGAUCAACGAGAACAAUCUCCGAGCUUUAGUAGCCGGCAAAGCAACUGACUACGAUGUAGAUCGCAGUGCACGCUAUCUCUACCGGGUAAAGGACUACCCCUCUCUUUUGAAAGGAGUAUUUUAUCAAACUGUUAGCAAACAAAUGUCACUUGAUUAACAAUGAAGACAUUUCUAAGCCCUCUAAGCUCUCUUAUUUUACGCAUAUAAAGUGGUUACUUUGUUUGGGAAUUUGCUUUCUUGAGAUUUGUAUUCUUUUCAAAGAGUAUUUUCAUUCAAGAGUGUUCCUCCCCCACGCCAUCCCUUCACCCUGUGAACUUGCUCUCAUACCCACCGCUUUGCCCUAUACCUGUACCUCUGACUCCUUCCUAUUGUCAGUGAUACUAGGAACACUUUGUCUUCCUGCUCUAGCUCUAGGUUCAGGCAGCAAGCGGCACAAGCUUCCAAGGUUAAAAUGAGCCAGGAUGCUUUCAGAGCCCGAGUAAGCUGCCUCUUGGUCUCUGUGAGAAGGAACAACAAGGCAUGAUAGUCAGCCUGUAGCAGAGUCCCGACCCAAAACAUCACCCAUCCUUUAACUCCAGAGAUGCUGCCUGACCCACUGAGUUACUCCAGCAAUUUGUGUCUAUCUUCGGUAAAUAC